AUGAACUAUUCUCACUGGAUAAAAAAAGCUAUGAAAAAGAAAUAUAAAUAAAAAAAGGAGUCGCCAACAAGUUCUACAAUCACAAAGAAAUAAAUCUCAAAACAAUCUAUGAUAAGUAUAAGAGAAUUGUACAAAGCUUAAAAAUGGGAACAACUUAUCAAGAUAGCUAAAUAAACAAAAGGUUUAUUUGAGGAAUACGAUUGUAUUAAGGUCUAAAAAAAGGUUAUUAAGUUGGGAGAGAGUGUCUUGAUUAAUAGUGGAGAUGCUCAUGAUGAAGAUUAUAUUGGGACCAUAAAAUAAAUUAUAUCAAUAAAAGAACCAACAACACUUAAACUGAUAUGUUUAUGUCGUGUUUAAUGGUAUAUGAGGAAAAGUGAAGUGAUAAAAUCUCAUCCAAAAAGCAAUGAAUGGGUUUCAGAUUAAGAGUUGUUUUAAACAAAACAUGAAGAUUACAUUUUGGCUUAGACUGUUAUACACUCAUGUCAGAUUUUUACAUGUAAAGAAUUCAUUGAUCUUGAUGAAAUUGAAUCCACUAUUUAUUUUAACAGAUUAAGUUGGGAUAUGGAAAAAAAAUAAUUUUAAGGUUUAGAAAAACUUUAAAAAUUCUGUUCGUGUCAACAACCGGUAAAUCCUGAUAGAAAAUAUGUCUAAGUAUAAUAAAUACAUCUAAAAUAGUGUGAUUCUUGUCAUUAAUGGUAUCAUCUUGAAUGUGUCGGUUAUUAAGAGAGAGAAUUAGAUGAUUCUGAUUUCUUUUGUAAAAUUUGUUUAUGA